UUAAGUGCCAAUGGCUCUGGUCGGGUUGAAGUAUUAUAUCAUGGAUUUUGGGGAACAAUCUGUGAUCAUGGAUGGGAUAUGAGAGAUGCUAGAGUUGUUUGUCGUCAACUUGGUUAUCCAGGUGCUGUCAGGGCACUCCAUAGUCAACAGGUUCCUUCCGGUUCUGGUCAGAUAUGGUUAAAUGAAGUUUCUUGUACUGGGAAAGAGGAAAACAUAACAAGUUGUCCUCAUUAUGGUUGGGGGGUUCAUAAUUGCGUACAUGACGAAGAUGCUGGAGUUGAAUGUUCUACAAUAGUUGUAUUACAAGGGCCGUUAAGUUCAAAGGGCACAGGACGUGUUGAUGUAUUCUACAAUGGACAUUGGGGAACUAUUUGCGAAGAGGGAUGGGAUUUGAGAGAUGCUCGGGUUGUUUGUCGUCAGCUUGGUUAUAAAGAUGCUGCAAGGGUACUUCUUGCUGGUCAGGUACCUUCUGGUUCUGGGCAAAUAUGGUUGUCUGACGUAGAUUGCAAAGGUGAAGAAAAAAGUAUAGCAACUUGCUCUCACAAAGGUUGGGGCUCUCAUCGUUGCUCUCAUCGCAGGGACGUCGGGGUGGAAUGUACAACAAAAGACUUUACAGAUACGCCUGUAUCGAUCAGAUUACAAGGGCCUUCGAGUAGAAAUGGUACUGGUCGAGUUGAAGUAUUUUAUCAUGGAUAUUGGGGGACAAUCUGCGAUUAUACAUGGGAUAUGAGAGAUGCCCGGGUUGUAUGUCGUCAGCUUGGUUACCAAGAUGUUGCUGGAAUUCUUCGAAGAGACGAGGUUACAUCAGGUUCUGGGCAGGUAUGGUUAGCUCGCCUCGCUUGCACUGGAAAAGAACAAAAUAUCACAAGUUGCUCUCACAGUGGUUGGGGUGUUGAUCCUUGCUCUCAUCGUGAAGACGCUGGCGUAAUAUGUAGUACAACAGAUUUAUCAGCUACACCUGUCGGUCUAAGAUUACAAGGUCCAUUAAGCACGAAAGGUAUUGGUCGUGUUGAAUUGUCGUAUCAUGGAUAUUGGGGGACAAUUUGUGAUUCUGGAUGGGAUAUGAGAGAUGCUAGGGUUGUAUGUCGUCAACUUGGUUAUAAAGAUGCUGCAAGAAUUCUUCAGAGGAGCGAAGUUCCUUCUGGUUCAGGGCAGAUAUGGUUAUUUAACGUCACUUGUACUGGCGAAGAACAAAAUAUCACAAGCUGUUUUCAUCGUGGUUGGGGGAUUUCUUAUUGUGAUCAUUCUCUAGACGCUGGUGUAGAAUGCAGCACGACAGAAUUUACAGCUACGCCUGUGAGACUAAGAUUACAAGGCCCAUUAAGUGCAAAUGGUACCGGUCGAGUUGAAGUACUCCAUCAUGGAUAUUGGGGUGCAAUAUGUGCUCGUGGAUGGAACAGAGAAAAUGCAAGGGUUGUAUGUCGUCAACUUGGUUAUGAUCCAGACGAUGCAAAGACUUUUCAGUGGAACCUAGUCCCUCCUGCCUCUGGACCGUUAUGGUUAAAAAAUGUCCGUUGUAUUGGAGAUGAACAGAAUAUUACAAGUUGUUCUUAUGAUGGUUGGGGGUUUACUUCUUGCUUAUCUGAUGGAGUGGCAGGUGUACAUUGCUACACGAUAGACUUCACUGGUGUACCUGUGAGACUCAGAUUACAAGGACCAUUAAGUGCCAAUGGCGCUGGUCGAGUUGAAGUAUUAUAUCAUGGGUAUUGGGGGACAAUCUGUGAUGAUGGAUGGGAUAUGGGAGAUGCUAGGGUUGUUUGUCGUCAACUUGGUUAUCGAGAUGUCGUUCGAACUCUUCAGAGAAACGAGUUUCCUUCUGGUUCAGGUCAAAUUUGGUUAUCUCGCGUCAAUUGUAGCGGAGAUCAGCGAGAUAUAACAAAUUGUUCCUACGGUGGUUGGGGAAAUCAUCGUUGUUCACAUCAUGAAGACGCGGGAGUUGAAUGCACAAAUACAGAUCUCAGCGCUUUACCUGUCAGACUAAGAUUACGAGGUCCUUCAAGUGGUAAUGGCACUGGACGUGUUGAAGUAUUCUAUCGUGGACAAUGGGGGACAAUCUGUGAUAAUGAUUGGGAUAUGAGAGAUGCUAGGGUUGUUUGUCGUCAACUUGGUUACAUAAAUGCAUCCAGAGCCCUUGACGGUGACCAGGUUCCUUCAGGUUCUGGGCAAAUAUGGUUGUCUAACGUCGAAUGUACUGGGGACGAACAAAACAUAACACAGUGUUCACACCGUGGUUGGGGACGACAUUCAUGCUCUCAUGCCGAAGACGCCGGAGUUGAAUGUUUAACCGCAAAUUUUCCCGCUAUACCUGUGAGGCUGCGGUUACAAGGACCGUUAAAUGCAAGUGGAAUUGGUCGUGUUGAAGUCUUCUACAAUGGACAAUGGGGAGCAAUCUGUGAUCGUGAUAGUAGAUGGGAUAUGAAAGAUGCUAAAGUUAUAUGUCGUCAACUUGGUUAUCAAUAUGUUGUUAGGACCCUUCAAAGACACGAGGUUCCAUCCGGUUAUAAGCAGAUAUGGUUGGAAUACAUUGACUGCACAGGGAAGGAAGAAAAUAUUGAAAGUUGUUCUCUUAGUAUCUGGGGGGAUAGACACUGCUCUGAUGAUGAAGUUGUUGGUGUUGAAUGCGCAACAAAAGAUGUCACUGGUAUGCCUGUUGAACUAAGGUUAAAAGGAUCAUUGAGUUCUAAUGGUUCUGGCCGCGUCGAAAUAUCCUAUCGUGGACGAUGGGGAACAAUCUGUGACGAUGGAUGGGGUAUGAAAGAUGCUCGGGUUGUAUGUCGUCAACUUGGUUAUAAAGAUGUUAUUAACGCUUCUUCUAGUGGAAAAAUUCCUCCCCGUUCUGGACCAGUAUGGUUAACACAUGUUUCUUGUACCGGAGAAGAAAAAAAUAUAGCAAAUUGUUCUCAUACAGGUUGGGGGAAUGUUUAUUCUUGCUCUCAUCAUGGAGACGCCGGAGUUCAAUGCUUUCGGAAAAUAGAAAAAGAAAAGUCACGUGGGGAAUUGGACAGCGCAGCUGAAUGGCCUACAUUUAUGGCAAUACCAGCAGUCAUCAUCGCUGGGAUUAUCAUUGCCAGUGUCGCGAUAUUUUAUCGUCGCCAAAGGUUAAGAAGAAUAAGGAAUAUUAAACCUGAUUCCAAAUCUCAACAUACAAUUAAAAAUCCAGUUUACGGUGAGUCAGAUCAAGUCGGUCUCAAACAAAACCAUUGGCAUUACGAGUCAGGAGAGGCCGCAGAUAACGUGGGUUACGUCACUGCCGUUGGCUAAAAUUAGCGCUUGCCAUUCUUUGCUAAUGAUGUCUUAAAAUAUGUAGUGUAGUGCGAAUUAUUUUUUUUUGUUACGAGCUGCAGACGUUAUAUAUAUAUUUAUAUUUUUAUAAUUAACAAUUAGACAGCGACACCGUAGGAUUUCUCUAUAGGAGCGAAGUGAACGAGACGGUCAUAGCCUACUAGUAGUGUAUAGAACUAAAAACAUUGUGU